AUGCUGAAGGAGUGGGAACAGGAGCAGGCGCGGAUGCUUGCUCGCUGUUGGCGGGGUCGACUCAAGGGUCUUCGUUUGGAGGUCCGUACCCGUGCUAAAGCUGUCCAUCAGUGGUCCACACGUAACCCCAUCACAACUUCGAGCUUGGCGGGGCUUUUUUCAACGGGCGUGAGUGACUUUCUGGUGCAACGCUGCUUUGAGAAGCGCGAGACCAUAGAUCUACGCCGCAGCACUAUUAUGGGUCUGUUUGGACUCGGCUACUGCGGCUUUCUCCAGCACUUUCUCUACACCGGCUUUUGGCCAAAUGUCCUCAAGGCUUCCCGACUUAGUGGGGCCAAAGCCGUGGCCUUCCAGGUCUUUGGGGAUCAAGGCAUCUACAUGCCCUUCGCGUAUCUCCCCCUCUUCUACGCAGUGAAGGACAUGCGG